AUGCCGCGUUCCCCCGGGGAUGACGAUCCGGACGAUCCUCUGUUUCUACUUGAUAAAGAACGUGGGAACAGUAAAAGAAAAACUCGCUUGACCGAGAAGGAAAUCAAGAAAAAGUUUGAUUGUGAACAAAAGGCUUCCAAGGUGUUCCAAAAACAUCACGAUUCUCUCCAGAUUAAAGAGUACAUCCGUAUUACUUCCGCUCAUGCUGCCGCCCAACUACAAGCACAGCUGGAAGAAAAGAACAAGGACAACCAACGAAUGGGCAACGAUCAGGAGGACGUGAAGCCCGACAUAGCUUCUUUGAAGAAAAAUGGAAACGUGAAUCAAGCGAAUACGAGCCCACCAAAAAAUCCGAAUCGUUCAAAAUCAACUGACAACAGCAAGGCAGUCCCUUUGCCAGAUGGGACUGCUUUACCAACGACAGAAGAACAGUUGCUCAAGGCCAGAGAGAUCAAACAGGAAAUCGGUGAAAGUCUAAGUCUCCCAAACCCCAAGCCCCAAGUAGAACGGCCAGUAGCUUCAUCUUCAACACAACGUCAAAGACAACCUGUGAAUACGAGCCCACCAAAAAAUCCAAAUCGUUCCAAAUCUACUGACAACAGCAAGGCAGUCCCUUUGCCAGAUGGGAAUGCUUUACCAACGACAGAAAAACAGUUGCUCGUUGCCAGAGAGAUCAAACAGGAAAUCGGCGAAAAUCUCUCAAUCUUGAAGCCUCGAGCAGAACGGCCAGUAGCUUCAUCUUCAACACAACGUCAAAGACAACCUGUGGUUGCGAAGCCCCCAAAUAACAAAACUUCUCCAAAAUCUGUCAACGACUUCAGAAAAAAUAGUGCACCAGUGAUUGUAAAGCCCCCAAGAAGCCAGAAUUCUUCCAGACCUGGGCACGUUUUAUCAUCGUCACUUGAUAAGAUGCUCGAUAACAUAACUAUCAAAGACAAAGUCGGUGAACAUCCCUCAAGAAAUAAAAACGUGGAACCAGUGGUUGCGAAGCCGCAAAGAAACCAGACUUCUUCCAGACCUGGGCACGUUGUAUCACUCGAACUUGAUAAGUUGCUCGAUGAUGCAACGAUGAACGUGGAGCCAGUGGUCGCGAGACCGUCAACUUACCGGAAUGUUUCCAAUCCUGUUCGAAACAGCAUGGCUCCUCCUACCACUCAACAGUUGCUCGAGCCUCAACAGAUCAAAAAGAAAAUUGCAGAAAUCCGCUCACUUCCCAUGUCCCAAGAAGUUGCUUCAACAAAACGCAAUUCGAUGGUGAAACUGGUUGAACCUGUGCCGACGAACCCACCAUCUUCCAAUUUUGUUGACAACCACAUGGAGAUCCCUCUGCCAGACGAGGAUGAUCAGCCAACCGCAGUUCAACAGUUGCUCGAGGCCAGAAUGAUAAAAAUGGAGAUUGCAGAAACUCACUCGACAAUUGGUUACGUGCAACCAGUGGAUGCAUUUCAGAAACCCAACCUUACUUUCUCCAAUUUUGUUGACUACAACAUGGCGAUUCCUCUGCCAGAUGAGGAUGAUCAGCCAACCACAGUUCAACAGUUGUACGAUGCCCGCCUGGUUAAGGAGGAAAUAGGUGAAAGUCUUGCAAUUCUACAAGUACAACGCCAUUCGUUGGUUAACCAAAAAGGAACUGACCAUGAAAUACUAGACCAAAAUAUUGCUCCAAUGGCUCCAACCCCAAUUGUCAUCAAAAACGAUGGGCUUCCACUAGCAGAGCAACAGGAACAGAAGCCUAGUCAAGAAGUGCAGAAUCACGCAGUGAAUGAUGUUAAAAUUCUCAACACAGAUGAAGCGCCGCCGCCGGUAAAAAGUAGCAAUUGUUUGAUAAGACCUCUACCGGCCGAGUUUUUUGUGAAGACUGAACCAAAUGAGGAAAACAAUAAUGACCGUCGAGGACCAGAUUCCCGACGCCGUUCCCAAUCCACAGCUCAGAAAGGAUCAUCAGGACGAGUUCCUCCAAAAACUGGUGUCCAGCGGCUGGAACCACCGCCAAAGCCUCCUCCAAUUCCCAGUAUUCCGAAGUCAGAGUUCCAACGUCCACCAGGCCAAGGACAAAUCUCUCAGGCUUCCUCUCGUCGCCAAUCGGAUCCUCAGGAACGUCCCAAAUCAUCAACAGUGGAACGCAGCAGACUGUCGGCUCCAUCAACUGACUCUCGUUCGGUUUCAGCCACUGACCGUCGAUCGUCAAUGCUAACGCCGCAACGUCCAGCUCAACCGAUACCAAAUUUGGAGAUUCCAACGAUCAAAAAAGAGCAAUUGUCUCAGAGAAAUGAUCAAGGAUUGAAGCCAUCUGGACAGAGUAAUUCUUCGGAAACACCAGCAAGAACUGAAGGACAAUCGGCUCCUCAGAGUGUUGCACAACAACUUUUGAAGCCAUCGGAGGUUGUUGAAGGCAAGGCUGAGUCCGGACUUGCUUCGGGAGUGCCAACUGCUCUUUGUGGCAUCAAUGCACCAACUCAGUCAACAAAUGUUCCAAGAAAAACGAGAUGGUCCUCACCUGACACAAAAAAGUCAACUGAAGAAGUUGGCAAGCAACCGCUCACGUCGUCAUCGAAUGUUUCUCGGACUGAAACCGUCACAUCUCCAGCUCAAGCAAAACCCUUCGGAGAAAAAUUGUUUGGAGUCAAGGUGGACGUUGACACUAAGACAUUGUCCCCAGAAAAAGAGAGAGAGGAUUCGGAUAGAAACUUCGCUCGAGAGAAAUCAACGGCUCAAGAAAAAAGUCAACCUGUCCCUCAAAGUGUUUUAAUACAAUCUUUGAAGCCAUCGGAAGUCGUUAAAGACAAGGCAGAACCAGUUCCAGCUGAUCUUUGUGGAAAUCCACCAACUCAAGCCACUGAUGUUUCAAGAAAAACUCGAUGGUCCACACCUGCUGAGCCAUCGAAAGUUUUCCGGUAUGAAAUCGACACGCCUCCAGCUCAAGCAAAACCCUUCGGAGGAAAAAUGUUUGGAAUCGACGUGGGCGUGGACCCUAAAAGAUUUUUCUAUGAAAAGGUGGAAGAGGAUUCGGAAGAAAAUUUUGUUCAAGCUGCACCUGUCUCAAAAGAACGAAGUUCUUUAAUUCGAAUCGUUUCCCCAACGAAGAGAAACAGUCAGACUGCUUUCAAAGAUCCGGCUCCUGUCGAAAAACUAACUGAAUAUGAAAGAAAGGGUAUUUUGUCACCUCCAAUUGCUCCAGUUCAGCAUCCACAAGUUGACACUCAGAAAAGAACAACUACGUCUAUGAAAGCUGGACAAUCAUCCCGAAAAAGUGUGACAUUUGAAGAUGAGAUUAAAUCUUAUUCGGAUGCUAAAAAAGCUAGAGCAGGCUCUGAAACUCCCACCGCUCAAGUCACCGGCGUAUUGAGAGUGGCAGAUAAUACGAUUAAAUCUUAUUCAGAUGCUAAAAGAGCUAGAGCAAGCUCUGUAGCUCCCACUGCACAAACCGCAGGCGUAUCGAAAGAAGCAGAUGAUAAGACAAAAUCUUAUCCGGAUGCUAAAAGAUCCAGAGCAAGUUCCGAAGUUCCCACUGCUCAGGUCACAGCUAAAUCGAGAGAGGCAGAUGAUAAGACGAAAUCGGAAUUCGAUGCUAGAAGAGCUAAAGCAAGCUCUGAAGUUCCCACUGCUCAAAUCACUUCCGCGGCGAGAGAGGCACAUGACAAGACUAAGUCUUAUUCGGAUGCUAGAAGAGCUAGAGCAAGCUCUGUAGCUCCAACUGAUCAAGUCACUGCCGCAUCAAGAGAAACAGAUUACAAGACUAAAUUUUAUUCUGAUGCUAAAAGAGCUAGAGCAAGCUCUGUAGCUCCAACUGAUCAAGUCACUGCCGCAUCGAGAGUGGCAGAUUACAAGACUAAAUUUUAUUCUGAUGCUAAAAGAGCUAGAGCAAGCUCUGUAGCUCCAACUGAUCAAGUCACUGCCGCAUCAAGAGAAACAGAUUACAAGACUAAAUUUUAUUCUGAUGCUAAAAGAGCUAGAGCAAGCUCUGUAGCUCCAACUGAUCAAGUCACUGCCGCAUCGAGAGUGGCAGAUUACAAGACUAAAUUUUAUUCUGAUGCUAAAAGAGCUAGAGCAAACUCUGUAGCUCCAACUGAUCAAGUCACUGCCGCAUCAAGAGAAACAGAUUACAAGACUAAAUUUUAUUCUGAUGCUAAAAGAGCUAGAGCAAGCUCUGUAGCUCCAACUGAUCAAGUCACUGCCGCAUCGAGAGUGGCAGAUUACAAGACUAAAUUUUAUUCUGAUGCUAAAAGAGCUAGAGCAAGCUCUGUAGCUCCAACUGAUCAAGUCACUGCCGCAUCAAGAGAAACAGAUUACAAGACUAAGUCUUAUUCGGAUGCUAGAAGAGCUAGAGCAGGCUCUGUAGCUCCCACUGCACAAACCGCAGGCGUAUCGAGAGUGGCAGAUGAUACGAUUAAAUCUUAUUCAGAUGCUAAAAGAGCUAGAGCAAGCUCUGUAGCUCCCACUGCACAAACCGCAGGCGUAUCGAAAGAAGCAGAUGAUAAGACAAAAUCUUAUCCGGAUGCUAAAAGAUCCAGAGCAAGUUCCGAAGUUCCCACUGCACAAACCGCAGGCGUAUCGAAAGAAGCAGAUGAUAAGACAAAAUCUUAUCCGGAUGCUAAAAGAUCCAGAGCAAGUUCCGAAGUUCCCACUGCUCAGGUCACAGCUACAUCGAGAGAGGCAUAUGAUAAGAUUAAAUCUUAUUCGAAUGCGGAAAAAGCAAGAGCAGGCUCUGAAGUUUUCACUGCCGCAACCGCAUCGAGAGAGGCGUUCACCAGUUCGAUCAUCGGAAAUGUCCAAUCUCCAGAAAAAACAGAACUUUCUGAAAAAAACACUGAGGGACCUUCAUCCAAGAAGACAGAUUCGGAUAAUAAAUCCAAUACGAGUACCUCUCAAUCGGAAGAUGAUGGUCGUUUCAAAAUACCAGUUGUGCCACAAAACAAACGAGCUAAAGAUAUGUUCAACUAUGAAGAAGAAAUGAAGAAGGUUGCUUCUAAACAAGCCGAAGCUGAUGACGAAUUCGUAAUAGACUUUUCCUGUUAUGGGUCGAUUGUUUUGGGUCCACUUCCAGGAGUGGAGACUAUGGAAGCUGUUGACAACGCCCAGAAAAUCAGCUCACCGACAAGAACUGCUAUGGAAGAUGUUGGUAUUGCUGAUGAGCAAAAUCUGCCGCGUGGCAAAGGGCCAAGGACACCACCGCUUCCAGCAGAGACCUCUGAAAAUAUGGAAACCGUCGACAAUAAAUUCAUGUCAAGCAAACCAAAUGAACGAAAACGCAGUCACGAGGAGCGAUCUGAUGUAGAUCAAGCAGCAAAGAAAUUCAAAUUCAGUGAUGAAGCCAUAGCAGCGGCCGAAUGGGCCGAAUUUGUACAACUUUUCCUGGAUAUUUUGUGGUGGUUUGGCGGUUACGAUGAAGAGAUUGAACGAAAAUACAUCAGCGAUCUGCCAAGCAUCGUCGAAAUCAAUUGUUUGGGUCUGAUGAAGAAAGAAGACUAUGUCAGGGAAUUGAUGAAGGGAAUGAAGCAGACGCUGAAAAUUUUUGAAUUGCUCAGAAGUUAA